ACUGAUUAUUAUGGAGUUAUAGGGAAGAUGUUGACCUUCUGUCCAAAUUGCUCCAACAUGUUGUUGAUCACUUCUUCUACAGAUGAUGGGGUCAAUAAGUUUUACUGUCCAACUUGUCCAUAUGAGUUUAAAAUUAAUGGACUUCAAUUAUAUGAAAGGAAAAAGCUACAUAGAAAGGAAGUCGAUGAUGUGUUAGGUGGAGAAGGUACUUGGGAUAAUGUAGAUCAAACAGGAGCUCAAUGUCCUAUUGAUUCAUGUGGUAGUGUUAAGGCAUAUUUCUUCCAAUUACAAAUCAGAUCUGCUGAUGAACCUAUGACUACUUUUUAUAAGUGUGUAACUUGCGGUCAUAGAUGGAAAGAGAAUUAGAUGAAAUCAAUGAUUGAGGUCAUUCCAUUAUUUAUUGUAUUAUUUAUUUGUAUAUUAGUGGUUUAAAAAAAUGCUGUAUAUAGCGUAAUAGAAGU